AUGCUUCACAAUGGUUCUCUUUCCGUCGUGGAAACGCGGGCCAUCGUUCACAAUACCAUUGCAGAAGCUUCUUGGUGGAACGAUGCCAUAGCUGAGCGCAUCCUCCAAUUGCUCCAAACAGCGCUCGCAGCGAACGCAAGCAUGGGUCCUGCCAUGAAAGCGGCUUUUGACAAAGCCCUCCAGUGUGCCAAAGACAUUGGAAAGCUUACGGAGGAUUUUGCAAACGAGCACCCGUUCCUCGUGAGCAUCGUCUGUGCAGUUGUAGCGAUAGGCAUUCUUUACUUGUUAGCGCCGUGGAUCAUUGAGGCUCUUGGGUUCACCGAAUUUGGUCCUGCAGCAGGAUCCUUCGCCUCGCGAUGGCAAUCACUCUACGGAGCGCGCGUUCCCCUCGGUUCUAUUUUCUCCUACUUACAAAGACUCGGCAUGACAUGGAAUGGGGUUCCGAUGGAAUGA